GGCGGGCAGGGAGGGGUUAACCGGGGGGGGGGAUCAGCUGCUGGGCCCGGGAUUGGCCGGGGGAUUAUCGGCCCCCUUCGUCCUGGGACCGUCCCACCGCGGGGGGGGCCGAGGUCUCAACCCCCCCGGACGCCGAGCGGGGACGGAGACGCCUGGGAGCCGGGACAGACUCGGGGUGCUGCCUGCCCCUGCCAUGGCCCCCCCAGCGCCUGCCCUCCUGCUGGGGUUGGUGCUGCCCUGUGCCCUGGCCUGGUCCAGCCCCCUCAGCGCCCCCCGCGUCUCCCUGUCCUACGCAGAGCUCCUGCAGACCCGCACCGCCCGGCCCUUUGCUUUCGCCUUCAACACCAGUGACUAUCGGAUCCUGCUGCUGGACCAGGACCAGGACCGGCUCUACCUGGGGGCCCGCGACUACCUGGUGGCCCUGGACCUCCACAACGUCAACAGGGAGCCGCUCAUCAUCCACUGGCCGGCAUCCCAGAGUCAGCAGAGCGCCUGCCGCAUGGCGGGGAAGGGGCAGCGGGGCGAGUGUUUCAACUACGUGCGUCUGGUCGAACCCCUGAACCGCACCCACCUCUACGUCUGCGGGACGGGGGCCUGCCAGCCCGUCUGCGCCCUGGUGCACCGCGGCUGGCGGUCACAGGAGUACCUGUUCCGCAUGGUGCCGCGGUCGCUGGAGCCGGGGAAGGGGCGCUGCCCGUACGACCCCCGUCAGAGCAGCCUGGCCACGCUCGUCAACGGGACACUCUACGCUGGGCUGCACGUGGAUUUCAUGGGCACCGACGCGGCUCUUUUCCGCACCAUGGGCCCCCGGCCGGCCGUUCGCACGGAGCAGCACGACUCCCGCUGGCUGCACGACCCCGUGUUCCUCCGGGCCCACGUGGUGCCGGACAGCAGCGAGCGCGGCGACGACAAGCUCUAUUUCUUCUUCCGCGAGAAGGCGCUGGAGGGCGCCGUGGGGCCCGGCGUGCUGGCCCGGGUCGGCCGGGUCUGUCUGAACGAUGACGGUGGGCAGCGGGCCCUGGUCAGCAAGUGGACGACGUUCCUGAAGGCCCGGCUGGUUUGCUCCGUGGUGGGCGAGGACGGGGUGGAGACCUUCUUCGACGAGCUGCGAGAUGUGUUCCUGCUGCCGACUCAGGACGAGAAGAACCCCCGGGUGUACGGGCUGUUCUCCACCCUGGGGUCGGUGUUCCGGGGCUCGGCCGUCUGCGUGUACCCCCUGAGCGCCAUCCGCAGUGCGUUCAACGGCCCCUUCGCCCACAAAGAGGGGCACGGCUACCAGUGGGUGCCCUACACGGGCCGCGUGCCCUACCCCCGCCCCGGAGCCUGCCCGGGCGGGGCCUUCACCCCGGGGCUGGGCUCCACGCGCGAGUUCCCGGACGAGCUGGUGACCUUCGUGCGCUCGCACCCGCUGAUGUACGACCCCGUGUACCCGGCGCCGCGCCGCCCCCUGCUGGUCCGCGCCGGCCUCCCCUACGGCUUCACCACGCUGGCCGUCGACCUGGCGCAGGCGGCCGACGGGCGCUACGAGGUGCUCUUCCUCGGCACGGACCGGGGCACGGUGCAGAAAGUGGUGGUGCUGCCCAAGGACCCAGGCGUCCUGGAGGAGCUGACACUGGAGGAGGUGGAGGUGUUCAAGACCCCAGUCCCCGUGAAGACCCUCUGGAUUUCCUCGAAGCGGCACCAGCUCUACGUCUCCUCGGACGUGGGGCUGGCCCAGCUGAGCCUCCAUCGCUGUGGGGCCUACGGCCCGGCCUGCGCCGACUGCUGUCUGGCCCGGGACCCCCACUGCGCUUGGGACGGGCACCGCUGCACCCGCUACAGCCCCGCCCCCGGCAGGCGUGUCCGGCGCCAGGACAUCAAACACGGAGACCCCCUUCGCCAGUGCCGGGGCUUCAACGCCCAGGCUGAGCAGGAGCUGGGGGAGCAGGUGCAGUUCGGGGUGGAGGGGGGCAGCGUCUUCCUGGAGUGCCGGCCCCCCUCCCCCCGCGCCCAGGUCCGGUGGCUGCUGCAGCUGGAGGGUGGCACCCGGCGCCCGCUGCCCCGGGAGCGGGUUCUCCUGCAGACGCCCCAGGGGGUCCUGCUGGGCCCGGUGGCGCCGUCGGACGGGGGCCGGUACCAGUGCGUGGGCACCGAGAACAGCUACACACGCCCCCUGCACCGCCUGCUGCUCCGGGUCCUGCCCCGCGGCCUGCUGGGGGGCCCCCCGCCCCCCGCCUGCCGGAGCCAGUGGGGCCGGCCCCGCCCCGGAGCCGGGCAGGGGGGCCACAACGGGACCCGGACCGGAGCGGGACCCAGCCCGGGGGGCCCGGAGCGGCGACGGGACCGGGCCGGAGCCAGCCGGCGCCCCCCACCCCGGAACUGACUGGGGGCCCGAGGCCGGGGUGAGGGGCUCGGACCUUGGGGGGCACCGGCUGGGGGGUGGGUUCGUUCCACAUUCCACGGCGGGCCCCGGAGCGAAUCGCCCACCGCUGGGGAGGGGGGGCCGCGUUUCCUUUCCAUGUACAUAGUCUCCUUUGCUGAUGGGGGGGGGAGGCGGGGAACCCGGAUGCCUGGGUUCCCCCCCGUUUGAUUUGCAGAGUCUAUUUUUUCACAGCUGGGGGGGUUUCUAACACGGCUGGACUUGGGUUGUUUUAAAAUUAAUUUAUUUUUUUAUCCUGCCCCCGAUUUCCUGUGACCCCGUCUGCUGUGGACGAAUCCGGCUGCCGCCGAUUAAAGGGGCCGGUCUCUGAUUUUC